CGUCCGCCAAUUGUAAACAAAAGAAGCUCGGACUUCGUUUUUGAAUAUUAAAUCAAUUAUGACGGAGACCAAUUCAGGUGGAACCGAUUUUCACGGGGAAAAUCCAUCACCGGAGGAAGAUUCAACAGGUCAAUCAACAUCCGAAUUAAUCGAAAACACUGUGGGGACAAACGUCGUUAAUGCGUUCAUUGCGGAGGAUGAAAACGACUGUAUUUCCAUAGACAGAGACGACUCUGCGAGUUUGUUCAGCUCCACUACAACAACCACCAGAAGUAAAUCCCCAAACACACGAAAAUUAAACCGUCUGUGCCGCCGGGUCAAGGCCCCAAAGUUGGUGCAGCCACUAUACAAGUACAGCUGUCAUGUACGGGAGGACCACAAUCAUCAGAUAUUUGGGGUGCAGUUUAAUCCAUUUUUGGAAAGAAGCCAGCCCCAGGUAUUUGCAACCGUCGGCAAAGACCGGGUCUCAAUCUACGAGUGUACAAGAGACUGUAGCUACGAAAGCGAUGAAGACUCCUGUCCAGGCAUCCGGCUACUCCAGGUUUAUGCGGAUCCAGAUACUGACGAAAGUUUCUAUACGUGCGCUUGGUCCUACGACGUCGCGACCGGGGACCCGGUACUGGCUGCUGCCGGGUAUCGUGGGGUGAUACGAAUCUUUAAUCCUGUCAAGAAUCAGUGCUCUAAGAACUACAUUGGACACGGACAUGCCAUCAACGAACUCAAAUUCCAUCCUAUUCGUCCGCAACUACUUCUGUCUGGUAGCAAGGAUCAUUCGUUGCGACUUUGGAAUAUUCAGUCGGAUGUCUGUGUAGCUGUUUUCGGUGGCGUUGAGGGGCAUCGUGACGAGGUGCUUUCCAUCGACUUUGAUUUGCGGGGAGACCGCAUAAUGUCUAGCGGAAUGGAUCAUUCAUUAAAGCUAUGGCGGCUGGACAAGCCGGACAUCAAGGAAGCCAUUGAACUGAGUUCAGGUUAUAGUCCAAAUAAGACUACAGGUCCCUUUCCCACGAUCAAAGAACACUUUCCGGACUUUUCGACCCGCGAUAUUCACCGAAACUAUGUGGAUUGUGUCCAGUGGUUCGGCGACUUUGUCUUCUCAAAGUCUUGUGAAAAUUCUAUAGUUUGUUGGAAACCGGGCAAGCUUUCCGCUUCAUGGCAGGAGAUUAAGCCGCAGGAAACGGCGACUACUGUACUGCACCAUUUCGACUACAAGAUGUGCGAGAUCUGGUUUGUGCGCUUCGCAUUCAAUGCCUGGCAAAAAGUUCUAGCUCUGGGCAACCAGCAGGGAACAACAUUUGUGUGGGAACUAGACUGUAACGACCCUAACAUGACCAAGUGCAGCCAGCUAGUUCAUCCCAAAAGUAACUCUACGAUUCGACAGACGUCUUUUUCCAAGGACGGUUCUAUUCUAGUCUGUGUAUGUGAUGACAGCACCGUGUGGCGCUGGGAUCGCGUAAAUUAGAUGUUUAAAUUAUUUUACCUCUUAAUGGUA